GCUGGAGUUUGUAUGAUAAGCAAACCAUGGAGAGAUGAACAACACACAUCGUUCAUCAAUUUCGUCUCCUCUUUCUUAAGUUUAAACUCUUUUCGUCUUAACAUUGUUCCACUUGCACCAGUAUGUGCGUUGUUUCUGUUCAAAUAUCGAUCUACUUCUGGCUGGUUCGCUGCUCAUCUUUUGGUAGUUUCUAUAUCCAGGACAUAAUAUUCAACUGCGCAGGUCUGUCAAUAGCUUUCAUUUUCUUGACAAACUGGGAUCGCUGUGAUGUUACAUCAAUCUUCUGCAGAAUCGAGAAAUUGAAGCAGCAGUUUGCACACUUUUAUAUUAUUGUCACCCUAUCAACCAGAGAGCAAAAUGAUGCGUUUGUUCGCUCCUAUUUCAAAUAUGGGAUGGAGCUCGGUAAACCACCAUUUGUGUUAGUUCAUGAUGUAGAGAUGGGAUUUGAAAAGAUUGUUCAGAUAGCUCAUUCUCGUGGGGCAUGUAAGAAACAUGAUGCUAAAUCAAAAUUAAAGGCAGAGAGAAAGCAAGCUGUGCAAGGGAUGGACAUUUUCUACAGGGUAGUCACAUCCAUACCAGGAAUUGAUAACCAUGACGCAAAUUCGCUUAAUCAAGGUAUUGGUUCCAUUGAAGCUAUUGCAAAAGCAUCAAAGGAAGAUAUUCUGGAAAACACAGAUCUUUCCGUUGAGAAGGCUGAUAUGGUUAAAAGGUUUUUCAGAGAUCCAAAGCUUCAUCUCAGUCCCAAAAUUUCUUGAUGGGAGAAGAAAAACAUGAGAGAACCUUGGAAAAUAAAACUUUCUUGCUUGAGUUUCAAGUAGUACAUCUGUUUAUUGGCAAGUUACUUUUCGUGUUUUGAUAGCUAAUUCGUCACCGGUUCUGUUUCUUCUAGUAAAGAUGAAACCAAUGAUAACUAAUUUCAU